AGUAUUGAUUUAUUUUUAAGCUCUUUCUGGGUUGUAAUUGACCCCUCAAACCAAAAAGGGCUCCUGCCAGCCUCUGUCCCUUUGCAAGUCACCUCUGGCAAUCCCAAAGGCUUGGUCCAAUUCUGUGUGCUUGGUGACCCUGUUAAAAUCCGUCCCUGCUGCCUUCCCGUUUGGAUCCAGUAGUUUUACACCUGAGGAGAGCACGUUUUUAGAGGAAUGAAUGCUGAUACUUGUGUUUCUUAUUGUGAUCCGGCUGCCAUGGAUUCCUACUACAACGCAGCCUCCCAGGACACAGAAGGCUCCUCGCCUUUUAGGGCAUUUCAAGCAAGUGACAAGUUCAGCCCUACUUUCCUGGCCAGCAAAGGACAAGGCUUUGGUGACAGCAGCACUAAGUGCCGGAGCCGCUACAGCCAGCAGGAAUGUCAGUCCCUGGAUGGCAGCGUGCAGGCUCCCGGCUCCGCCGGCUCUCCGGCCUCCUUUAACAAAUACCCUCCGCAGCAACAGCAGCCGCCGCACCUCUAUAUGCAGCGAGGCCCCUGCAAAACCCCCCCGGACAGCAACGUCAAGCUGCAAGAGAGCAGCGGCCACAACGGAGCCCUGCAGGUCUCCUGUUACGGUAAGGAAAGCGCUUUGGGAGAGCCUGACUUGCAGCCAAGCUCCGACCCUUCAGCAAUGGACAGCAGCUACCUCAGCGUGAAGGAGGCUGGGGUGAAAGUGCCCCAGGACAGGGCCAGCACAGACCUCCCCAGCCCCAUGGACAAGGCUGACUCGGAGAGCAACAAGGGCAAGAAGCGGAGGAACCGCACCACCUUCACAAGCUACCAGCUGGAGGAGCUGGAGAAGGUCUUCCAGAAGACCCACUAUCCUGAUGUCUAUGCCAGGGAGCAGCUAGCCAUGAGGACAGACCUCACUGAGGCUCGUGUACAGGUGUGGUUUCAGAACCGGCGAGCCAAAUGGCGCAAGCGGGAGCGGUUCGGUCAGAUGCAGCAGGUCCGGACCCACUUCUCCACCGCCUACGAGCUGCCUCUGCUCACCCGUGCUGAGAACUACGCCCAGAUCCAGAACCCCUCUUGGAUCAGCAACAAUGGAGCAGCGUCCCCUGUGCCUGCCUGUGUGGUCCCCUGCGAGACGGUGCCCUCCUGCAUGUCCCCCCAUGCUCACCCCCACGCGGCCGGUGGCGUCUCCGAGUUCCUUGGGGUCUCCGGGCCCGGCAGCCACGUGGGACAGACUCACAUGGGCGGCCUCUUCGGCACAGCUGGGAUGAGCCCCAGCCUCAAUGGCUACGAGCUGAACAGCGAGCCGGACCGCAAGACCUCCAGCAUCGCUGCCCUGAGGAUGAAAGCAAAGGAGCACAGCGCCGCGAUCUCCUGGGCGACAUGACAGGGCUGCAGCCCAUGCCCGCCAGACACGGAGAGAGCACGUGGGGACAGCCCAGUAAAUCCAUCCGCUUGGACUCCAGACAGCAGUUGCCUCCUCGGGGAUCUGAAUGCAGCACUUUUAGCUACCCUAGGCAUAUAAAGUACAUAUGUUAAUGUAAGUGGAGUGUUUCCAGCAUGAACGUGGCAGCUCCCAGCUUCCUGAGAUCAGGCAGGGAGAGGGAGCCUGUGGAGCAGCACCUCUUCCAUCAAGAUCUGGGAUGGGAUGCAUCCCUUCUCACUGCCACCUCCCCAACAACCUGGGCAAUUUUUCUUCCUGCUGUUUUUUUCUGACACCAGACAUGCCUUUCCAAGAGCAAGAGCCCACUGGCCUUUCAGCAGCUUCUCCCAUCCCACCACCCACCCACACACACACUCACACACACUCACAUAUUCUGCCCUGGGCAAGGGACUGGAUGGGGACUCUGGCACCAGCAAAGAGACUCUCUCACGCUGCCAACAUCAUUUUAGCAGGAGCUAUGACUUCUCAUAGCCGAGUGGGGAACAGGGCUGGGAAGAUAACCAAAGCUAGAAAAAAGGCAACAUUAGCUCACCUCCUUCCACCCUGCUCCCACUCCAUCUUGUACUCUGAGAUGAAGCAGAGUUGUAGAGGCCUGUGAAGGGGAUGCCCCUCUACCCACCAUAGCAUGGUGUUAUCACGCUGAGAGUCUUUGCCAGCCCUCUGGUGACCCAGACAGAGAUACAUCCCAGCAAACAAAAGCCUUCCAGCAUGGCUCCCUGCCCUUGGGCUUUGCUUUCCCUAGUUGUGCUCUAUGUUGAACCUCACAAGCAUGGUGGUACAGGAAAAGAUUCCCUCUUUCUUUCACUGGGUUGGGAAUUAUUAACUUCAGUUUAGAGACAGCAGUUCUAGCAGGGAAGCACAACUGCUACGUAAAUCUGCAAGUCCCCAGAAAGACUGCUCUAAGAAAGAGCUCAAGCACUAGCACACCACCACAGUGGCACAAGGCCACCAAAUUCCUCAUACACCUCAUCCUAGGGUCAGACAUGUGCAAUGACAGGCCCUCCCUCAGCCCUCCACCCCAGUGCCAUGUGGCACACAAUGCCUGCGGGCAUCUCUGCACCAGGGACAGCAAAGGAACAGGCUGGGAAGGGGCUCAAGGGAGAACAAGGUGAUGCUGCCCCAUCUCCAGCCACCUCAGAUCCUCUUCAUUUGCAGAGGAAGUAGAAGAGACCAGAGCUUCUCUGGUUUGUGUGAACCGACAUGCCUCUCUGCUUUUCCGUCCCAGUGCUCUUACCUGCACAGAGCUGUUAAGUAAGAUCUCCUUUGCAGGGCUAAAUGUUUUAAAAGUUUUCAGUGAUCAUAGUGCAUGGAAUAAUUGUGGAACAUCCUUUUACCCCAGUGAAAUACUGCCAAGGAGAAGCUGAAAGUCAGCUGAGCACUACCAGCCAUACAGUGUGUCUCUGCAAGGUGGGCUUGAGCUGGGGUAGACAUCUCCAAGAUUUGCAAGGGAAUUUUAGGAUACUACUCUCAGAAAAACUGGUUUGUCACCCUUCCCUCUUUCCUCUGCUCAGUGUUAGGGGAUCUUGCGGUUCAAGGUCCAGGAAUAUCUAGUGGUCUUGGAAAAAGUUCCAAAUAAGCUACAACCAAAUGUCCAGCUUCAGGUUAAUGAGCCAUACAAGUAUUUCCAUAGUGCCUAGACUCUCAAUACACUACCUUAAUGAUACACUAUUGCUGGGUCAAAAGUGAUAUAUUUACUGGAAUAAGAAAACACCAGUAGUACUGUUUCUUUUCUCUCCUCAGAAACAGUAAGAGAUGCAUUCCCUGCUAUGCACAGGGAGCCAGCAUGCAUUUCACCACAUCAUCUGCAUAACCAGGGCCUCACCCAUCACAAGCAGCCAGGAUUUACAUGUCAGCCUAAACAUUCAGCUGAGACCUCAGGCAUGGUGGCUUAGAUGCUGAAAGUGAUGCUGAUCACCUAACCAGGCAGGAUCAUGCUGACCAGUUGGAGGUGUGUACAUCCCCACUGGGUACCCCAGAAGCCACUGAGCUUCCCAGCUACCCAGGGACUGGUGACAGGAGGCACUUUGUCCAGAUUUGUGCAGGCAGCUGAGCAGAGUGUUGAGCUUUUCCCCAGGUACACUGGGGAUCUUGAUGCUUCCCAAUGUCAGCAGGCAAUCAGUGGAGGGCUGCUGCCUGAACAGUCCAGUACCACUGCUGACAAAGCAAAUUAGCAACAAGCAGAGCUAAGGAGAGGGCAGUGGGGCAGGCAGGCAUAUGGGGACAGGUCUCACUUAGCCUGCAAGCUCUGAAGGCAGCUCCAGUGGAGAGCUGUAUCUAUUCAAGGACUUAGCUACAUUCCCUACUGAAGCUAAAAGGUAGCUUUUCCUCACAGACUUCCACGGGGCCAGUAUUUCAUCUGAGCUGUUUAACAGCCCAAAGGAUUAAGUGCUGUAUCCCUGUCUUGUUAGAGAGAGAGAGAGGACAGUCUCCUGGCAGCAGACUUGGCAUUUAGAGAAGCUUGGCCUCCACUUUCUCUCACCUUAAAAUUCAUGUGGAAAGCACAUGUUGGACUCAGUCUAAUUUAAACACCACUACAUGCACCCAGCCCUCAGCCUGCCUGAAAACACCACGAGGCAAGGGGAAUGUUGUUCCCUGGACCACCUUGUGCAGGGCUCCCUUCCCACCUCCAGCUGCAGGCAGCCCCACUGCUCAUCAGGCUCUGCCUCACCUCUCUGGGUGUCAGGCACAGUCCCUUGCACCCACACUUCUGGAUAAUGCUGGAAGGGGUGUCCCUCCCAAACCUUCAAAAGCAGUUGUUCUGGUAGUUUUUAAGCUACAUGCAUCUGUACUUAAAACACAUUUUUAAAAUUAAUUUAAAAGGGUUUUAAAACUAGCUGUUAAAUUAACAUGAAAAACUGUAUAAACAUAUAUAUAUAUACUUAUAUAUAUGUAUAUAUAUAUAUGUGUGUGUGUAUCUUAACCUAGCCAGCCUACAGCUACUGCAUUUCUUAAAGGUCACAGGGUCAGUGCUGUUCUUGCAAUCUCUCGUUAACAUGAUGAUACCUUUUUUAAUUAUUAUUAUUGUUGUUAUUUUAAUACUUUUCAAUUCUAUUUAUGACUUUCUUCUCUAUUUAUUUCUUAUUUAGUAUUUUACUCCUGUCUAUACAUUGAAUCACAGUUCCCUGGCUUGGACUUGCCUUCAAAGCUGCAAGCUUUAUCCCCAUCCACCACCAAAAUGUCUCACAAGCAUCAGCCGUGCCAACACCUGCCAUGCCCAUGGUGGCAUCCUCUGUGGGUGCAGCCCACAGAGCUCACCCAGAUGCUCCCUCCAGCCUCACGGACGGAGUAGAAAAACAUUUCUCCCAAGCAGUCCUGGCCCUGGCUAGGCAGCAGGUAUCCUACAAGGUGGCUGCCUUAUGUUGCCCAUGGCUGGGAACCCCAGAGAUGUCCCAGAGCUUUGAGACCAGGAGGAUGCAAAUAGCAAGAGCAGCACAGGUUCCUGGCACUGACUUAAAAGUGGUUGGGUACCACUCGCUGCCAAGCACUCGGAGACACUUCUUGCCUACAAGCAGUAGUUAGUGCUUUGGUAGCAAUUGAAACCAGUGGGGAACAAGGCUUGGGCUUGCUGGGCCCUGCGGGGUCCAGACUCUUAGGGCUGCUGUGCCUCAACAAGCUCCUGGAGAAGGGCCAGGUCAGCCCCCUGGCACGUCACCUACUGCCAGCAGUGCCACCCACCUGCACUCCCAUCAGGCUCUCCAGACAGGCUCCAGUUGCCCUCUCCAGAAUAUGCUACCCAGUUCAGGUCCCACUGCUCCAGCCCCUACCUGGGUAGAGCCUACAGGGAGGAAGACCAAGCAAAAUAAAAAGAUAAUCACCCUCCCUCUCCUCUAAAGCCCGUGGCAGAGUGUGAGCAAGUGUCCAUCCCUGCCAGAAUGCACAUCCUUGCUGGGUGACACGUCCUUGCUGGACCACAUCUGGCCUGAGCCAUGGCAUGGGCAGGGUGCUAGGGAAAGGCCACACGCAGUGACAAUGUGUCACACGUGAGGUCUCAGAGUUGCAGCACACAUGGCUUCAUGCACCCCAUCAGCCAAAGGGAUGCAUCACCAGCCUGGCCCAGGAGUACCCCAUGUGCUGCCCAGCAGGGCUGCCUUCUGGUUUCCUCCUGCACUGGAGGUGUUUGGGGGUGGGAAGCGUGUUCCCCUGAUUCCCAGAGUACACUCAGACCGGGCAGCACAUUGUAAAACACUCUCCAAACAAACUAAGGCAAAAAGGUAGUUUCUUGGGAAAGGAUUGAAAAAUAAUCAAACAGAGGCAGAGCCCCAUGUUUAUUUUGCUGUUCUGACUGACACAGCAAAAAGCAAACAGACUGAGGGAGAAAUUAAACCCAAAUGGAAAGGGGGUGGAAUUGGAUGGAAAGUCAUUCAGCCCUUUGCAGCUUCCCGAAGGGAGCUAGGAGGAGGCGAGGGAACAGCCUUACACCCCCUUAACUCUUUGCUGGUAACAUGGUUCUCCACUCCCCCACAUAGCUAGGUAGGUAGGUAGAGCUAGGACUUUUAUACUACUGAUUUUGAAGGACAGUUUUCAAUGUAUAAUAAUAUAUCGGUUUAGGUGUGCAGUGCUUGAAAGAGACUGGGAGAAAGAAAGAAAACAAACCUCAAUCAAUAUUAUUGGUUUUUUGUUGUAAAAUAUUGUAACCUUGUAUAAAUGCUACCUUUUUUUUUUCUCUCUUUAGCUUAAUGGCCUGGGGUAGAACAUAUUAAAAAAAAUAAAAGUUUUAAAAAUGUUCAGGAAAAAAAAGAAUAAAAAAAAUCAUUUUAAAUGUUGCCACAUGAGGUUUGUGCCAUGCAAUGUUAUUGCCUAUGCAACCAUGUAUUACCAGUUCAUUACAGUGGAAUAUUAAAAAAGAACAAACAGUCUUGCAGCUUGAUUCUUUUUAACUUUUUUUGAAGUAAGUUAUUGCACUUGCAGCUUUUUUUUUUUGGAGGUGAAGGGCUGGAUUUCCAGUCACCAAUUUUUAUUUUUCCAGGUUUUGGAAGGAGCGAGAAGGUCCCUGCUUCCCAGCCACCCUGACCAAGGGGGCACAAACACUGUUGUUGUUUUGGUUUGCAAUAAACUUCUUCUCUUCUCUCCUCUCAACUGCAAUCUGGCUGGUUUGUUCCUGACUCAUGACAGAUGAAAUGUGAUCAGAGGGGCCUCCAAAAUCUCACGUUAAUUGAAGCUGGCAAAAAAUACUAACAGUGCCCUUUUGAACUGCUGACGCAGUCCAGAAUGGAUUAGCCGGGGGUAGAUUAACAACAGGUGGCAGCUCACGGGCUGCCGCCUCUGCCGUACAAAGCGCUGGGCAGGAGCCAGCGGGCGGGCGGGCCCGGAGCGCCCUGCGGCCGCUCCCGCCUCACCGGGCCCCGCC